GCAUUAAAAGCAUUCCAUGAGAAACAGAAAAUCCAUGAAACCAGGAAAAUGGUAAUCUCUGUUGCAAGAAACAUCAGCAGGAGAUGCUCCCUGCAACUCUCCAAAUUUGAUCACAGAAUUUCGUUUAUGGGUUACCACCACCGCCAAUUCCACCAGCAACACCGCCGUAGGCACGCGUUCUUCGAUUCACAUGUCAUUGGCAAACUCGCCGGUAUUUCUAAACUUCCCACCUUUUCGUACUCUCUACAUUCUUAUAGAACUUUUUCUUCGUCAUCUUCUUCAUUCGGGUCCAAGUAUGGCAUUGGUGGGUUUCUGAAAUGGUACUUGGGUAUGCUUGAAACUCGCCCAUUUAUCACAAAGGGUAUCUCUUCAUCCCUCAUUUUUGCUGCUGCUGAUAUUACCUCUCAGAUCAUUACGUUGCCACCAUCUGGAUCAUUUGACUCAGUCCGGACGUUACGAAUAGCUGGAUAUGGGUUGCUAAUUAUGGGACCAUCACAACAUCUAUGGUUCAAUUUUCUCUCAAGGGUCUUUCCUGGGCGAGAUGUAUUCACUACUGUGAAAAAGAUAGUUAUGGGACAAUCUAUUUAUGGGCCUAUUAUGAACAGCAUUUUCUUCUCCUAUAAUGCAGCUCUUCAAGGUGAAACUAGAGAAGAAGUUGUUGCAAGACUGAAGAGAGACCUCCUCCCAACUUUGAUGAAGGGUCUUAUGUAUUGGCCAUUGUGUGAUUUUCUUACAUUCAAAUUCAUCCCUGUCCAUUUGCAGCCAUUGGUAAAUAGCUCUUUCGCGUAUCUGUGGACGAUUUAUUUAACGUACAUGGCAAGCCUGAAGAAAGUUGGCGAGGAUUGAUCGUGCUGUUUGUCAUAAGACUGGUUCCUGCAAUAUUUGGCUUGGUAUUAGAGCAAAGCUAGAUCAAUAUUUGACUUUUCCUGAUUUAAUUUUUUCAGAGGUGCUGUAUUUAGUAUCUCAAUGGAUGCAAUUGUUUUUGCUUACACAUAGAGUAGGAUUAUACUUUCAAUUUUGAUACACAUAGAGUAGGAUUAUACUUUCAAUUUUGAUUGAAGAAUUUUGUUUAAGGAUGAUACUGAUAGUCUAGAAUCACGCAAGAGUAUAAAAUUGCAGAAAGGAUUAAUGUCACCCUUAUCAGUAAAUCAACACAACAAACUAGAAAAUACCAGGUUAUAUUCUAUUUCAUGUCUCUGUUCAGAUGUACAAAUUGUUGAGUACUCUUCUAGUCUUUUUUCAGGGAUAUCAUAGAUGGAUGCUCAGAGGUAAGGUUUUUCUCUUUAAAUGAGAGAAUUUCUAUUUCUACAAUACAGAUGCUUAUUUUCUUAAAGAAAAAGUCUUAUUCUCCACAAAGCAGCAAGUCUACCUUGAUAAUUUCUUUAAGCAAGGAUUCUUGUUUCAAUACCUUUACUUUCUAGGCUUGUUCAAGCUAUUGUAAAAUGCAAAUAUUGCAAUCAGAAGUAGGCUGAAAAAAGAUCCACUCAUUACCUCAUGGAAGGAAACACCAAUUUGUCUACAGCCAUUGGCUGUUGUUUCCUUCCUUCAUGUGUUUUACAUGUGUGAAUGUUGAAUGGAAUUCCGCUCUGGAAAAAAGUUUGAAUGCAGAUACAAAGUUACACAAUCAACAGACAUUUUCCAACUUAUACACCUUACAACUGGAGCUCUUGCUGAUUUUCUGCCUGUUCAGCUAAAACCGGGUUUCAAGUUGCAGAAUUUAUGGUUAACACCCAACUUUUUACGGUUCGGGUUCGGGUUCAGGUUCAGGUUUGGGCCAUACAAUUUCUGACACAUCUAAAUGUUUAAUUAAUACUAUUAUUUCCUCCGUUCCCUAAAUAUUGCACUAUCUUGUUUUUUACACUAUUCACACUAGACCUUUGGUCAUCUUUUGUGAUCAAUAUCUAAGAAAAAUUAUAGUUAUAUAAGAUCUUGUUAGAUUCUAUCGAUAUAUAUUUUUUAAAUAUUAACUUUUUUAUAAUUUUUACUUGUACAUAAUUCAAGAUAUUAGCAGUCAAAGUCAUAUGUUGGAAAGCAUAAAGUCUAUAUGGUGCAAUAUUUAAGCAAUGCAGAAAAUAUGUAAAUUUAUAUCUUGUAUCGGUGACCAAGAUGUGCAUCCUAGUUCAAAAGAACAAAUUUAUCUAAAAGUAAUGAACCGAUAGCUCAAAGAUUGCACAUAUUUUUUCAUAAUGUUUAAACUAUAUGUUUUUUUUUUUUUUUUUUUUUUUCUGCCAAAGCAGUAUAAGAAUUAUAUGAUCGUGUAUUAUAUGUUCAUUAAUGAAUUAUUUUGUUCAUUCGGGACAAAAAUGCGCGUCAUGGUGAAUUAUUUUCCGGUUAUUGAGGGACAUAGAGUCACACAGACGGAAGUUAAGAGGAAACAAACCAAAGCUGUCUGUUUCUUAUGUUAACUAUACAUAACGAAGGAAUUUAACUUUAGUGUGUCUCAUUAAAUAGGUGCAUUUAUUGAGCUCUUUAUGCAAUUUUUAAACAUGGAAUGGAAGGCUGCGUAAUUCAGAGGCAGCUCGUUUUUCCAUUUAACAACACUUUGCAUUCAAUUCCCACAUUUAUUUCAACCAUCAAUCUACUGACUACAAACCCCAGAAAUUUUACCAAAAAUUAACCCCAAACGAUUAAAUCUCCCACAUGUCAUCUUUCAUUAUUUACCUACCCAUUACUACAUUAUUAUUAACUGUAUAUUUUUUUUUAUAUUAUAUACUUUUAUAUUUUGUGGUUGAUGAUGUUACAGCUUUAUACCUUCAGCAUGGGCAUGGCAUCUUCCAGUAUUAUAUAGUAGGAAGCUUUCUUCUUAUUCUUCCUCUUCCAUAUCUCUUUGUUUUUGUCCACUUCAUUUUCUGCUGGUCUGUUUUGAUGGUCUGCUCUUCAUUUAGCAUACGACUGACUCAAUACUUUGUCAGUCCAUCUCUCGCUAUUUUUUUUGGUGAGAACAGGGUGUUUGUUUAGCUGUCCAGCAUGAAUGUUUCCAGGUUCUGCACGGCGCUAUGGCUUCUUGGAGUUCUCUUCUUGUCAUUCAUCUGUUUUAGCGUCGGAGUUGCUCAAUCCGUACUAAUUUCUGUUUUACAGGCAUGAUGACUGUUGAUGGUGGUAGUACAAUGACAAGUAGGAAUAUGAAGGAAAAUAAUGAUGAUAAAAAUUGGGGUGGUGAUGUGAGCUUAGAAGACUAUCCCCCUUUUGAUCCUAGCCCGAGUUCAAAGGCUUCGUUAAGACCUGGACCUGUUGAGCAUGGCGCUCCUCUGAUGCCAUACAUUCCAAACCCGAAGCCGUCGCCUCCUCGUUCCUCCAACAAUGAUGAAUCACCUUAACCUUUGUACGUAAAUCAUUGAUCUUAGAAUCUGUUCUUUCGGAAUGAUAACCACAUAAUAUUGCCUGACGGCAUUAUUGUCGUAUUCUGUUCACGAAUGUCCAAUGUAUAUUUCCUAAUGUGCAACCUUUAUUUUGACAUUUCAUAUGCACUGUUGUGGUUUAGGCGUUUAGCUAGUUGUAUUUUGUAUGUUUAAGAUUGCAUCUUCAUGUACAUAAUCUGAUCAUACGAUCUGGACUCAAUUUUUUUUUCCUUCUUAUUUGGAUGUUUGUGUCUUUCAA